AUGGACAUUUUAGCACAUUGUAGGAUAUAUCCAAUUUCUCAAUAUAUUACAAUUCCACGACAUAAAGAACCAAUAGCUCAUAAUGGUUUGGUCCAUAUAAUACUAGACGAAAUAAAAAACAAAUCUUAUCAAUGGAUACAUCAACGAAAAGAACUUGCAACCACUGAAACCAGUUCAAGUAAUAGACCCACUUGUAAACUGACAUUAGUCAUUGAUCUACUAAAUGUAUGGGGCGAUAAUGUUAGGAAUCAGGAUAGGGCAGAGGAUCAAUUACGGAAAACUGAUAUUCAUAUCAUCAAAGAUUCUAAGUAUAUAAAAUUCCAAAAUUUAAUAGCAUUUCUUGAUAAUGAGAUACUGAUGGGUCAAUAUUUAUUUGAUAACUAUAAAGAUAUGGUCUUAUACGGCAUUAUUAUCGAUAAUUUAUCCAUAUAUUCAUUUGAUCCAGAAAAUUUAAAACUAUUCAACAAAUUGUGCAAAGUACUUGAAAGGAUACAAUUUAAAUAUGGCUGCUGGGUAAAGACAAUUUCUUUUAAGGAUGCGACUGGCAUGAGCAAGUAUCCUACGAGAAUCCCUCUUUAUUAUUUAAAUAAUAUGGAAACAAUAUUAGUGUAUGACAAUAAUAAAUUUCACCAAUUAAAGUGA